GUUCUGCGGAAACCUGGAACUCUGUUCCUGGGCGUUGAGCGAUGCCUUUGUCGGAGAUAGCUUCGUUUGCAUUGAGGUGCUGGACGAGCUCCAAAGCCUCGAGCUACAGAGGAGGGGCACCUUCCGUCGUUUGGAGGCGGACUUUGACGUCAUCAGUAAGGACAACGAACCGGCCAAGUCCAGCUCGCUGCCUGUGCUGAAGAAAGCCUUGGGCACUCAGUUCGGUGUCAGCUUUGCCUCAAAAUCGUUCUUUAGAGUCUCAAGCAUGGUGGGAGAGGAGGCCUUGUCUGAGGACAAGGCAGCCUCCUUGUUACAGGGCGUCUUGGUGAAGCUUCUUCCAGGCCGACUGUUGGAGCGCUUGGAGGACGCCCUCCGCGCCUUCCGCGACGCGAGCGGCAGUUUUGACUCCUUCUCCAGCUGGAAACACUUGAGAAACGCCUUGCUUCGAUGGAACGACACGGAUUCCAAGCUUCAGUUGAUCUCACAGUACGGCCAGUUGAACGCAUGGAACAUUUCGACCAUCCGAAAUCUGAGUCGUUUGUUCCAAGCUCUGGAGGAUUUCGAUGAAGACAUUGGCGCUUGGGACACUUCUGGAGUAACAGACAUGAGCUUCAUGUUCGCUGGUCCUUUCGAUGGUUCUGCUGUGCUGCGCUGUGUUCAUAGUCGUACCUCCCAAGCUCAGGGGUGGCCUGCUUUAAGCUUUCAGGCUUUUGAAUUUAGCUUCGAGCCGUGCCCCUCGUGCCCCUUGUGCCCUUGCCGUGACCCAAGCUUGGCGUGUGUAGAUGGAAGAUGCUCUCCGCUCAACUCCGGCUUCAUCGACCUGGGGCGAGGCAACUGGAUGCCGGCAGAGGCCCUUGCAACAGCUGCCGGUUUCCGCCAAUGUGUUGAAAAAUGCCAGGAAUCCGAAGAUUGUUCCGCCUUCAUCCUCCAGGAUUCGGGACGAUGCUUCUUGCAGAGAACCAGGCCGCAGAAAUCCCAGGAUCAUAACAUAGGUGAUAGUCUCGCCUUCUUGAAACCGUCUUGCACGACCUUUUCAUGUGGUCCUGGUGCCACACCGAAACCACUGGGGUCGAGCCCAGUUUCUGUGAGUGAAGCAGCUUGCUGCAGCUGCCUGGACCCGAAAGUUCCUGAGCCCGGCCACAGAUCCCGUGGAGAUUUGCGGUGCGUGUCAUGUCCCGAAGGCACCGAAGCUCGAAACGAAAGCUGUCGGACGUGCCCUGCAGGUCGCUAUGCCCCGGCUGGAUCCAAGACAUGUCAGGCCUGUGGCCCAGGACGUGUGCCGAAUGCCAACCGCAGCGGGUGUCAGACAUGUCCUCCGGGAACGUAUUCUGACCUGGGCCAGUGCGCAACCUGUUCUUUUCCAUUUUUCUUGGAAGACAACACCUGCAAGUGGUUUCAUCUGCCUUCGAUCGCAGUGGGGCUUGUGGUCCUUGGCCUUUCCCUGUUCUUCGCGUGUCACCGAGUGAAGAAACAGUGGCUCCGCGAGAGCCAGAAGCGCUCUGAUCAAGUGGAGAUGCUGCUGCAAGAGAUGGACGACGCACUCUGGGAUGAACAGGAGGAGACGGUGCUGCAAGACUUUCUUCAGCAGCUUAGCAGCUUCGGAUGGACACCAGAUGCCGUGGACCGGCAGGUGAAGGAGAUCCGGGCGCGUCACAGUCACCACGCAGGUGUCAGCAUGGCCUAUUUGCUCCGAGAUUUCGUGCAGUUGGCCCAGGAGAAAUCGGGGGAAGUUGAUCCCACUUUCCUCCGAUUGAAGGAAGUCUUCUGGUUAAGCGACAACAAACUUGGCCAAGACCGCCACUGCCCAAGGGAUGGGAAACCAGGUUGCGCCCUGGUGGACAUGCUUCCUUUCCAGCAUCGACAGAAGCAGAACCACUUCAUGUCUUGGAGUUGGCAGUAUUCACUGGGCCAGUUGCGAAGCGCCCUGCAGAUGUGGAGAGUUCAGAGACCAGCUGGCGAGAUUUUCUUCUACAUGUGUUUUUUCGUGAACAAUCAAUUCCGCUUGAUCGUGGACGGAACUCCUGCGGGAAGUGACAACCUCGAGGAAGUCUUCGAAGCGAAUCUUCGGCGCACGGGACACGUGGUGGCCGUGUUGGAUACCUGGCACCAGCCGAUGUAUUUGCGACGCGUGUGGACGAUCUAUGAACAGUACGUAGCCUGUGCUCUGCACAUCGAUGUGACCUUCGUGAUGCCGUACGACGCGUCCGUGUCGUUGUCCCAGAAACUGUCCCUGAGAGACGCCGGCAUUGCCGAAGUCACAGGAUCCCUCUGCGAGGUGAACGUGGCCCAUGCAGAAGCCUUUGACCCACGGGAUGAGAAAAAGGUGAAGGAAACGAUCCAAAGAAGUGUUGGUUUCGAUAGAGUUAAUUCACAUGUGAAAAGUGCCAUGGUUCAGUGGAUUAGUGGAGUUGUCAGAGAUAAAUUUCACCAAUUGGUGAAUGAAGCGUCCGAAGAGACGUUUUACGUUUAAGAGUCUAGCAGCAGCCUAGUGCCUUAAUUCGAAGUUGGCGAAUGAAGCGUGCGAAGAGACGUUUCACCUUUAAGAGUCUAGCAAAAGCCUAGUGCCUCAAUUCACAGUCAAUGAAGCGAACGAAGAGACGUUUCAUUUUAAGAUUUAAGAGUCUAGCAAAAGCCUAGUGCCUCAAUUCACAGUCAAUGAAGCGAACGAAGAGACGUUUCAUUUUAAGAUUUAAGAGUCUAGCAGAAGCCUAGUGCCGCAAUUCACAUGAAGCGUACGAAGAGACGUUUCACGUUUAGGCAUCUAGCAGAAGCCGAGUGCCUUAAUUCAAUGUUAAACUGCCUGG